UCACACUCAAAUUUCACACGGCAGACGCCAGUUUCCACGCUAACUUUAUACCUUGUGCACGUGUAAUAUGUGUCGAAUUUAAUAGUGGGAGUGUUGUGAGAGUGGAUUAAGGAAUGGUGCAACCGUGCCAGAGAUUUAUAAUAGAUAGCGUGCACUAAUGCGCGGUGCGGGGCUGAGAGGAUGCGUGAGGAGGAGCUGGAGGUAGCCCUCAAGGUGGUGAUAGUUGGAGAUGGAGGUGUGGGAAAGUCCAGCAUGAUACAGCGGUACUGCCGCGGCACCUUCACCCGAGAUUAUAAGAAGACCAUCGGUGUCGAUUUUCUCGAACGGCAAAUCGAGAUCGAUGGUGAAGAAGUAAGACUGAUGCUGUGGGACACAGCCGGUCAAGAGGAGUUCGAUGCUAUCACUAAAGCUUAUUACCGCGGCGCCCACGCGUGUGUUCUUGCGUUCUCUACGACCGAUAGAGAUUCCUUUCUUGCCUUACAUUCAUGGAAGCUAAAGGUGGAAAACGAGUGCGGUGAAAUACCAACUAUAAUCGUUCAAAACAAAAUUGACUUGAUGGAUCAGUGUGUAGUGGGGCCAGAUGAAGCGGAGUUAGUGGCAAGAGCUCUGGGCUGUAGGCUGAUGCGCGCUUCGGUUAAGGAGGACGUGAACGUCGGAGCCGUCUUUCGGGCGUUGGCAGCGAGGUGUCUCGCGGACUUGAGGCGAGAACACGCAGCUGAAAUCACUGCACCUACUAUAGCACCAGUUAUAGGAACGUUUACUAAUCACAACAGCAACGGUACAAUCCUACUGCGGCCCGUCAAGCACAGGCCUGGGGGUAAAAAGAGAAAUGUUUUGAAAAACGCGUGCAGAAUACUGUGAUUGACUGUUUAGUGGAUAACGUUGACUUCAUUGGAACUUUUAAACCCUUGUGUUUAUGU